GCUGGACGGGGGCCCAUGGGCAGCACCCCUCGCAGGAGGUGGUGUGAGCAGACAACAUGCCCAGCGUCCUGGGGCUCCUGCUGGCCUGGCUGGGGGGCUGCGGCUGUGCUGGACGCCUGGGUCCCCCCUGGCCGGGCUCCCGGGGGACCCCACCCCAGGGCUGGGAACGCCCCCUGCUGAGAUCCCGACGCAGCUGGGUCUGGAACCAAUUCUUCGUCAUCGAGGAGUAUGCUGGCCCUGAGCCUGUCCUCAUUGGCAGGCUGCACUCAGACUUGGACCGGGGCGAGGGGUGGGUCAAGUACGUGCUGACAGGCGAGGGGGCCGGGACGGUGUUCGUGAUCGACGAGCGGACAGGGAACGUGCAUGUCACCAAGACGCUGGACCGGGAGGAGAAGGCUCAAUACACGCUGCUGGCCCAGGCUCUGGACCAGGCCUCAAACCGGCCCCUGGAGCCGCCCUCCGAGUUCAUCAUCAAAGUGCAGGACAUCAACGACAACCCGCCCGUCUUCCCGCACGGCCCCUACCAUGCCACUGUGCCAGAGAUGAGCAACGUGGGCACAUCGGUGAUCCAGGUGACAGCCCAGGACGCCGAUGACCCGAGCUAUGGGAACAGUGCCAAGCUGGUGUACGUGGUGCUGGAGGGGCUGCCCUUCUUCUCCGUCGACCCCCAGACCGGCGUGGUGCGCACUGCAAUCCCCAACAUGGACCGGGAGGCGCAGACUGAGCUGCUGGUGGUGAUCCAGGCCAAGGACAUGGGGGGCCAUGCUGGGGGGCUCUCGGGGAGUGUCACUGUCACUGUCACUCUGAGCGACGUCAAUGACAAUCCGCCCAAAUUCCCCCAGAGUAAGAGACCCCCCGUUCCCCCCCCAGGUCCAAUCUCACCCCUCACCCUGCCCACCCUGUAA